AUGGACUCAGAGAAUCGAGUGAUCCUGAACGUGGGUGGCAUCCGACACGAGACGUACAAGGCGACCUUGAAGAAGAUUCCCGCCACGCGGCUAUCGAGGCUGACGGAGGCGCUAGCCAACUACGAUCCUCUUCUCAACGAGUACUUUUUCGACCGACAUCCCGGUGUUUUCGCUCAAAUUCUCAACUACUAUCGCACUGGAAAGCUACACUAUCCUACCGACGUCUGUGGGCCACUGUUCGAGGAGGAGCUAGAAUUUUGGGGACUCGAUUCCAAUCAGAUCGAAGAUUGCGUUGCGAACAUGUUGAAUGAAGUGAGAUUCGUGCUCAAAAGACAAACACUGCUAUGGCCUUCCACACUUUUUUCGGUGGAGCCAUGCUGCUGGAUGACCUACACACGACACCGUGAAACUCAGGACACCUUACAAACUCUGGAGAGAUUGGACAUUGAUACCGACAAAAAAACGGAAGAGGAGCUCUAUGAGAAGUUCCACUUAGAAGAGCAAUACCUUAGUGGGACUCUCACAAAAUGGCAGAAGUGGAAACCCAAGCUGUGGGCACUCAUUGAUGAGCCCUAUUCUUCCCUUUAUGCCAAGGCAGUAGCAUUUGUUUCAGUCUUCUUCAUCAUCCUCUCAAUCGUUUCCUUCUGUCUAAAAACGGCCCCAUCAAUGCGCAUUCCGGAGCUGGUGAACCGAACCUUCGAAACACCUUUAGAGGAAUCUGCGCCACCGAGAGAGAGCUAUUAUUUAAGCGAUACGGAGUCCCGGCAUGAGAACGAGGGUGCGCAUGGCUUAGCGCAUACGCGUAUGCCACGGGCCGCCUCCUCAAUCGCAGCAUCCACCACCGCGACCGCCUCUACCGCCACUGUCGGACCCAUGCAGACCCUCUGGAUGAUCGAGCGCACCUCUAUCCGGGCGCACAACAUCUUCGAUUAUAUCGAGAUCAUCUGCAACAUCUGGUUCACCUUCGAGAUUAGCCUUCGCUUCCUCGUAGCUCACUCCAAACUCGCCUUCUUCCGCUCUGCGGUCAACGUCAUCGACCUCCUCGCCCUCCUCUCCUUCUACUUGGAUCAAUUCCUUGCCAAGGUGCUCAUUUUCAGCUCUGAAUACGAGGUCCUGGAGUUCUUCUCCAUUGUGCGCAUCAUGCGCCUCUUCAAGCUAACGCGCCACUACUCGGGCCUAAAGAUCCUCAUCCACACAUUUCGAGCCAGCCUAAAGGAGCUUCUCCUCUUGGUCUUCUUCCUUGGAGUCUUUAUCAUCAUUUUCGCCGCCCUAAUGUACUACGCAGAGCGGUUUCAGAACAACCCACACAAUGACUUUAACUCCAUCCCUGUAGGACUGUGGUGGGCCAUCGUCACCAUGACCACUGUUGGGUACGGCGACAUGGUACCAAAAACCUAUUUGGGCAUGAUAGUCGGAGCGAUGUGUGCAAUCACCGGAGUUCUAACCAUCUCGCUGCCAGUGCCAGUGAUAGUCUCCAACUUCUCAAUGUUCUACUCACACACACAGGCGCGCUCAAAGCUGCCUAAGAAGCGUCGUCGCGUGCUACCCGUGGAGGCAGUGCGGCCAAAAUGUGGAGGUGGUGGUAGCGGAGGGAGCUCGAGGGGUGGCGGUAGGGGUAUAACAUCCAACGUCUUCACCGGCUUCGCGGCCAACUUUGGUCCCUCAGUCAAAAUGACGGAACGCGGCGCGCUGCCCGAGCCGCUCCACAGCCCCGACAGCCGACGGAUGUGGAACAGUGCCAUUUUCGAAAACGUUCAUACAGCUCCUCUCUGUCCUCGCAGAAGUAUGCAUUCCUCCUUACUCUCUCCUCUUUUCGCCUAG